AUGUUUCGUGCAGAUGAAAUACCAGUUAUUGCAAGAACGUCACAAAUCUUCGAUAUUGAACAUUUCCAAAAAUUUCUCAAUAAUGUACAUGUGUGCGCUGAAGGCGGACGUUUAGAAUUUAUACCAGAUAUAUCGCCAUCGGUUGGAUUAUUUCACCAAAAUAUUUUUCGCUGCACGAAGUGUUUAAAAGAGACACUUAUAACAAAUUUUCCACGAUCACAUCCAAUCGAAUCAAUUCAACAAGAACCGAAUAAACGUUUAAGUGUUGCUGCUGCUUUUACUGGAACCGGUUAUGAUGCAAUAAAUGUAGUUAUGUCUUCACUAUGUUUAUCGAUAACAUCAAAGAAAGUAUUUUUGCAACAACUACAUAAACAUUAUGAUUCAUUAUACGAUUUUGUAAAAACACAUUUUCAAAAGAUUAUUGAUCAUAUAAAAUAUAAAAAUAAUCAAAAUAAUGAAAUACUCAACAUCACUGUUUCAUUAGAUGGUACAUGGAAGCGUCGAAGCCAUAUUUCCAAUUACGGAAUAGUAUUUUUGAUUGAUGUUCAUACUGGAUAUUACAUCGACUAUGAAGUAAUGUCUGUAAAUUGUGAAGCAUGUAAUAUGAGAAAAUCAACAUUAACUAAUACACAAUUUGAUAAAUGGUAUAAAAAACAUACAGUACAUUGUUACAAAAACUACAAUGGAACGUCUAAAUCAAUGGAAAAAGAAGGUGCAGUGAGAUUAUUUCAACAUUCGUUGAUUAAUGGUCUUCGUUAUAAAAGAAUGGUAUGUGAUGGUGAUGCCUGUGCAUAUGAAGCAAUAAAAAACUAUUAUAUUGAACAGCAGAAACAAAUUGAUACUUCAGAGGAGGAAUCAAUGGAAGAAGGAACAGAUGACGAUGAAGAUCUACAAGAAGUGUCAGGGGAUUAUGAUACGUCAUCAGUAACAAAUGAUGAAGAAGAUGAAGACGAUAAUCAUUCAAUAAGCGAAGACAACAAUGAUGAAGAUGAAAAUUUUCAACCUGCUUCUGAUAGUUUUGAAGAUUUAUUAGUUUUAAAAGAAGAUUAUGUUAAUCAUGUUGGUAAACGUGUGAUGAAGUAUUUAAUAAAAUUAAAAAAGGAGAAAACUCGUCGAGUUCGAACAUCAACGUCAACCACAAAAUUUGCAUCGUCAUUAUAUUCUAAGAAACAGCCAGAUACCCGACAACAACUAUUAGAUGAUAAUCAAAAGUGGGGUGGCAAAAAUGGUCGUACGACACAAUCUAUGAUGGAAAAGUUAUCAAAUGCUUAUGGUCUUGCUAUUAGAAAAGCUGGUGAAUUAGCUGCUGGUAUAAACACAACUUAUGUUGCCCAUAAACCAUGUUUUCAUGCUAAAACUUGA